AUGUCCAAAGAUCUAUAUCUCAAGAAAAUCCUUGGUGAGGAGCGGUUCCUGCUCAUUCGGGGCUCAACUGUCUUGAUGGUGGGCGCAGGAGGAAUUGGCUGUGAACUCCUCAAAGACCUCAUGCUCACCGGCUACGGCGAGAUCCACAUCGUGGACCUUGAUACCAUCACUCUCAGCAACCUUAACCGGCAGUUUUUGUUCCGCCAAAAAGAUAUUGAUAAAUCCAAAGCUCUCACGGUGGUGAAACUGGUGCUGAAGUUCAACUACUUCGACUCCAAACUAGUGCCUCACCAUGGCAAUAUCAUGGAUACAAGCAUGUUUCCCAUGUCGUGGUGGAGUCAGUUUGAUUACAUUUACAAUGCGUUGGACAACCUUGAGGCUCGUCGGUACGUCAACCGCAUGGCGCUCUACUUGAAGAUUCCUUUAAUGGAGAGUGGUACCACUGGUUAUGAAGGCCAGGUGCAGCCUAUCUACCCGUAUAGGAGCGAAUGCUUCGAGUGUCAGGCAAAGGUUACACCCACAACGUACCCCGUUUGUACCAUCAGGUCGACACCUUCGAAACCCGUCCACAGCAUUACUUGGGCUAAAGAGUUUUUAUUUCAGCAGUUGUACGACGACUCCACCCUGUCAGCGACCGAUGCGGAGGAGCUGCGCAAGCAGCUUGAGAAGGAGACGGACGACUCGGCCGAGAUAGAACACAUGUUGCGGGAAACCAAUGAGCUUAAUGACUUGAAGAGCCAUAUUGCUGGUGGAGCAGAUGUGUUUCUUCCUGAGUUGGUAGAAAAGAUCUUUGUCCGUGACAUCGAGCGUCUUUUAGAAAUCGAGUCGUUGUGGAAACACGGCGGACGUCCUGUUCCACUUGACUGGAGCCAAUUGAAACCACAGUUGGAUUCGUUGCUUCUCACGUCCACAGAUCUUGUAGACGAAACAAAAGUACAGACCCCACUUGAAAACUUGUACGUGUUAUGGAAAUCCGGUGAAAAGCUUGUAAAGCGUGUUGUUUCUGGCGAGCCGGUUGUUUUUGACAAGGAUGAUGAAGAUACUCUUGACUUUGUGGUAGCUGCCUCCAACUUGCGGUCGCACAUCUUUGGAAUCGAAGUGAAGAGUAAGUUUGAUAUCAAGCAGAUUGCUGGGAACAUCAUCCCAGCCAUUGCAACCACCAAUGCCAUAAUCUCGGGGCUCUCGGUGAUGGAGUCGCUCGAGUACUACAAGGCGAAGGAUUCUCAAGCUGCAUUCAGUAACUCAUCAACGGUGUUUGUGAGUAUCAAACCCAAUAAAUACCUCAUGGGAGCUGGUCUUGUGGAACAAAAUUCCAGCUGUGCCAGCUGUUUUAAGGUGGCUCGUGGGGUGAUGGAGUUGCCAGAAACAUCGGGUGAUUUAAAGCUUGGGGAAUUACUAGAAGGUCUCAGACAAACAUAUGACUACGAAGACGACCAUUAUGAGAUUUCCAUUAUUCUGGGUGAUUCACGGUUGAUCUAUGACAUUGACUUUGAGGACAAUAUCCCUUGUGGUUUGGAUGAGUUGGGGAUUGGAAUUGGAUCCACCUUGUUAAUUCAAGUAGAUGAGGGUGAUCUUCAGGGUCUUGAGCUUUAUAUUAGCAAGGGAAAAGAGUUCAAGCUACCACAAAUACAGUUGAGAGAAUUACCCAAGACUAUUCUGGAGCCCGAGAAACUGGAAGCUGAAGUGGAGAAGGAUGGAGAAGUGGUGUUUGACGAUGGGGUUAUAGAGAUUGAAGAAAUUGAAGAAAUUGAAGAAAUUGAAGACAUACGUGAAACUGCCACCAAAUUGUCCUCGCAAGAACCCCCCACCAAGAAGCAACGUCUUUAG